UCGAGACUGCUCCGUUGUGACGGUGAGCAGUCGAGAGUCGCGCACGCACAGGAUAACUGUAAAUCCGAGUACGGUGAAGGAAGUGAGGAGGGACACAGCGGGAGGGAGAGAGAGAGAGAGAAAGGAAGGAAGGAAGAUACAUGACGCGACCGAUACGACGUGACGUUACCGCGUGUAAUCAUUGACAACCGCGAAUAAUCUGAUCAGCACGCUCUCGAGUUCAGUGUAAAAGGGAGAAGCUUGGACUCUGGCUUCGAGGCUGGUCCCUGAACCUUGGCUGGACCCGUCCAGGAGGGGGGAGGGGGGAAGAGGUCCCGUGUACUUGUGACCGCAGCUUUUUAGCUUUUCUUCUGACACGAAGCCGCGUUUGACAUUGUUGCAUUGCAACGUCGUCGUUCGUCCCCCGGUGAAACGCGCUCGCCCACGUGUGGAGCAAGGACAGGUGAUGGUGAAUCACUCUGCGUACGACGUAAACACAAAUGGAUUUGGUAGCGGGUUCUUCCUCGGGAUUCCGUGUGAACAUCUCGGGAAAAACGAGACUGCUGUGCAUCGCGAUUGACGUGCCGCGAGUGUGUGUAGGGUAAAUGACACAACAGCUCUGUGCGAAGGACCGUCAGGAUGCCGAAGAUCUUUCUGAUCAAGAACCGGCUGCAUCAGCAGCAGCAAAAGCUGCUGGAGUCGUCGCAACUGAAGUCGCAGGAGUCGUCGGGACAGAGUCCCCUCAGCAAAGAGGAGGAACCGCUCAGCAAGGAGGAGCCGCUCAGUCUCAUCGUCACCAAGAAUCAAUCGGAUCGUGACAAGAACGACUAUGACCGUGCGUCGACCCCGGAAUUACUGCGAAGCGCGAGCCCGGCGUUGUCGUCGCCGCCGUCGACGCCGCAAUCGUUGCAACCGGCUGCGAGUCCGUCGAGCGGCACCACUCGGCCCAGAUUCAUCUCGAGCUUCCUCGGCGGCGACGUGCCCUACGGCAGCCGGGGUCACGUGUUGACACGGGCGGAGCGCAAGGAGUACAGUAGUCCGCCGAUUGCGCCUGCGACUACGAGCGUUCCGCCGCGGUUCCUCUCGCAGCCCGACAAGGUAAUACUGCCGAGGCCGCAGACGCCGCCGAAGAUCCCGCAGGCCGAGCCACUCAGGAGGGUGUCGGUGAUCAAGAGGGUCCCGACCAAGGGGGAAUCCGCUGUCCCGAAGGACGUUCCGCAGGAUGCCCCGAAAGACGUCCCGCCGAAGGAAGUCCCGGAGAACGAGAGCAAGCUGGAGAUACCGAAUCCCGAACCGGAACAGGAGCAUCCGAUUGACUACGCGGUGCCGAAGAAGAGGAAGCGAGAGGACGAGGUCGACGAGGAGUGUCGCGAGGGCGCGAAAGCGUCUCGCCCGGUCGGCGGCUCGAUCGCCAGGCCUCUGUUGAGCGUGCAACUACCCGGGUCGCAGGUCGUGCAGGCGGCCGCGGGCCACGGCAGAUCCUCCAACUCGGGCAACAGCGGCUCUUCCAGCGGCGGCGGCGGCGGCGGUUCCAGCAGCGGCGGCGGCGGCGGCGGCGGUUCCUCUUCCUCAAGCAGCGGCGGUGGUAGCGGAAGUUACUGUGGCGGCGGUGGUGGAGGCGGCGGCGGAGCGAUGGCGGGUGGUUGCGGCGGCGGUAGCGGCGGCGGCGGCGGAGGCGGCGGUGCCGUCGGCGGCGGUGCUGGCGCGGGUGGCAUGAAUCCCGGUGGUAACGGGGGUCGCGGCAAUUACGGGCCAAGCUCGCCGCCGACCGGCUCCCUGCCGCCCUUCUACGAGUCCUUGAAGAUCGGGAACAAUCUCGCCAACUUCGCCAAUCAGUACAACAGCGCGCAGGGUGAGUGUGCGCCGCGCCCCACGUCUCUCUUGUUGAUGUUAUUAAUGCGUUCAUUACUGCGCGGUAACGGGAAAAGCAACUUUCAACGGGACUCGGUCUCGUCUCUCUUCUUCUUCUUCUGUAUUUUAUUUCACUUCAUUAAUAUUUCGUUUAGUUUCCUGUCGCUUUGCUUUAUUUCACUUCGUUGCGUUUUAUUUUAUUUUAAUUCCGUCGAUCAAGUGGUUUCAGGAAACACGUAUAUCACGCCGCUGCCGGCGGUCGGAAUAGAAUGCGACAUCGGCCAGCAGGACGUAAACUCCCAGCACGUGCAGUACAGCGCGCAGGAGGGCAAGCAGUACUCCCUGCUACAGAACGUCUGCGCCUCGUACGGUCUGACCUUCAAGGAGGAACAGGAGGAGCUGGCGGCCUACAAGAUGCAGUCCAACGACCUGCUGUCCGGCCAGUACGGCCCGUACGACGUAUCCGACUCGAGCAUCAUGGUGGACAUGGUGACCGGCGCGGUGGUGGAUCCGCUCCAGCUCACCGCCACCCUCACCUUCAACCCGUCCUCCGAUCACACGGCUCUGCUGGAAAGCCUGAGCGACGCUGACCUCUUGCUGCCUCGGCUGCAAGCCGAGGACGGCGGCAGCGAUCUCCUGGAGGACCCUCUGCACUCGCCCGGCUCGACCGGCAGCAGCGGGAUCGGCCAAGACGCCGGUCAGAUGACCACUCCCGUCGAGCCCAGCGUCGAUCCUUUCCCCGAGCACAGCAUGGCCUUGACCAGAGGCUUUGACACGAGACACUACACCACUCCGCAACACUACAACGCGUCCAAGCUCGGGCUGAGCUACGCGAGCGGCGAGCCGAAUUACCAGCCGCUCUCGAAGGAACGGCCGGAGCUGGCGCUGCAUAUCAAUCAGAAUCACCAGCACCAGCAGGACCAGCAGUUGCAGAUUCAGGUGCAGCUUCAGCAGCAGCAGAAGCAGCAGACCGCUAUGUCGCCGCAUCAGCAACAGCAGCAGCAGCAGCAACAGCAACAUCAGGCGCUCCUCAGCCCCGGCCUGAGUUUCACCGGCAACGGUUUAGAAUUAGACUCGAGCAGCAGCGUGGGUGGCAGCCUGCCGAGCCCCGGUGCGACCAGUUGCUCCUUGGACGGCGCCUCCACGAGGACCUCUCCGUCGUGCGCCCUGAUGGAACACGCGCACAGCCCGGUGGCGGUGGUGAGCGGGACUCAGGCAGCCGCGGGACCGGUCGGCGAGCCGCCGCUUUCGCAACGGGUCGGUGUACUCCAGCAAAGGCUUGGUUUACCGAAUGACUGUCAGAUAGAAUUUGUUAACGGCGGUCACGGCAUUAAGAAUCCUUUAGCCGUCGAGAGUCAGAGGCAGGCGGCGGCCACUCGGGACGAGGACAGAGCGAAUCGGACCCCACCCGGCAAGGACGACGUCUUCACCUGCCGCGUGUGCAGCAAGAACUUCAACCUGCAGCGGCUGCUCAAUCGUCACAUGAAAUGUCACAGCGAUGUGAAGCGCUACCUGUGCACAUUCUGCGGGAAGGGCUUCAACGACACCUUCGACCUUAAGAGGCACACGAGGACGCACACGGGGGUGCGGCCGUACAAGUGCUACCUCUGCGAGAAGAGCUUCACGCAGAGGUGCUCUCUGGAAAGUCACGGGGUGAAGGUUCACGGCGUGCAGCAUCAGUACGCGUAUAAAGAACGACGCGCUAAGGUCUACGUUUGCGAGGAAUGCGGACACACCACGCACGAGCCGGAGGUGCAUUAUCUUCACCUCAAGGAGAAGCACCCGUACAGCCCGUCGCUGCUGAAAUUCUACGACAAGCGGCACUUCAAGUUCACCAACAGCAACUUCGCCAACAUGCUGCUCCAGGGUGGCCUUCUGCAGCGGGACUCGCCGCGGAACACGACGCAGGACAGCUGCGGCCUGGCGGAGCGGCGGGAGACGAGCUCGAGCAACGCCGAGGCGACGCACCAGCCGUCCACGACGCUCGCCGGCCAGGCGUCCACCUUCUGAAUCGUUCAUCCCCUUCCCCCUCUCUCUCUCUCACCGCCUCUCCGUGUGUCCAGGACCGCCGAUCAGCCGAGAAGAGCCAACGGAUCCAGACCGGCGAUCGGGCAAGGCGGGGGGGAGGUGGGGUGGGAAAUUGAACGGAAAGACAUAAAGUACCUGCAUCAUGCGCACUCGCCGUAGCGAUAACGCCGCCGGGACGGACGGACGGACGUGGCGCGAAAUCGGCUGAUUCCGCUUCGGAGAUCGACUUCCCGAGGAAAGCCUGCGCGGGAAGAAGCCCCUCCGCGUUAGCGCUACGAGGCCUGCGCGAUGCUUCGCUGUGGAACGCACGUAAUGCGGAUACUUCUCGCACGAAGCCGCUCAGCCCGAGAUGAGUUAGGGAGCAGGCGUAGAAAAUAAGCGGAUGAGGAUAGAGAUAAGAAUGAGAGGUGGAGGGAGGAGGAGAGAGACUUUAGAGCCGCAGAGCGGCCGAAAUCGCGCGAUUGCGAACGUCGCCGUGGCGCGCAUACACUUCGUGCAAUCAAUCGGGAAAUCGAUUCUCACACUGUAUCUCGAAGACCUCUCCGUCCCGAUGCGCGGUGUACGGGUGUGUCGAGCCCGUCAUGUCGUUCUUCUCUCUCCUACGGUGCGGCUACAGCGCCGGCGAGAAAAAGCGACCGUGCAGUUUCUUCCCGUUUGUGGUGUACGUGGUCGUGGAACUCGGAGGAAAAACAAUGCGAGGUUUGUUGGGCUUCGGCUCGAGUUACAAACGAACCCGACACACGGCACCACGGGAUCCUCUCUCUUCCACCCGGGGCACCGCGUCGGACGAUCGUCGGACGGUCCGUCCGAUUUUUCCGGGCGUUUCUUCCCUCUAUAGUUUUAUUGCGUAUUUAACGUAUCUAGCGGAUUUAAUUUAAAGACAAAUCCUAGAACAAAGUUAGUUUUACCAGACACGGCCGCAACUCUCUGCAUAUUGGGAGCGCAUGCAUGCAUAUAGACGCGCAUCCAUGCUCGUACGACGUGCACGUGGGAAAAACAGCUCCGUCGGUGUAACUCGGAGUUUUCCCUUGCCCGGGGGACCAGACGGAAACUCGAUUGUGGGAGCGGGCAGAUUCCUCGAGCGACUCUCUGCUCGGUCAAU